CAAAUGAUGAUGUUGACGGAUUUGGCUCUCCUGCUCAAUUGAACGCUUUGGCGCAUCUGGGUGCGGGCAGCCAAGCACACACACACAAACAGCGACGCCACUGCUACGACAACGACGACACACACACACACACACACACACACACCGACCGCGACCACUACGACGAACGACCACCCCCUUCGGGCAACAAGGACACCGUUGCUGCACACCGUUGCCUUUGCUUUCGCGUAAAUCGUAGCACCAGAGAACACCAACCAACCAGCCAACCAACCCACCAACCAACCAGCCAUGGAUGUCGGCAAGUCUUUGGAUGACCUGAUCAAGCAGGAGAGCGCACAGCGCAAGGCCACCCGCACAACCAGCACCCGUGGACGCGGUGCUCGUGGCCGCGGUCGCGGUCGUGGCCGUGGCGGUCGUGGCGCUGGCCGUGGCGCUGCUGUUCCUCGUGUCACACCUAUUGUUGGCACACAGCGGCCCGUUUCCAUCCGAGGCGCUGGCCGACCCCGCAGAGGCACACCACGCUCACCGGGUGCCCGGACGAUGCCAGACAAGUGGCAGCACGACCUGUUCCAGGGCGGCCGCACACAGCCAGCCCCUCGCGUUGCACGCGGCGCCGCACACAGCAGCGAUCUGCGGGAGAUGCUCCUGCCUGCAGCAAACAUCAGCACCACCGGCACCCUUGCCAAGAAGCUGGGAUCAAACGGGCUCACCACAGGCACAAAGCUGCUUGUGACCAACCUUGAGUCCUCUGUGACCAAGGAGGACAUGCGCGAGCUGUUUCAGGAGUGCGGCCCGCUCAAGCGUGUGGAUAUGCCUGAGGUUGGCGUGGCCGAGGUUGUGUUCUCGCGCCGGGUUGAUGCCGUCAAGGCACAGACCACAUACAACAAAGUCAAGCUCGAUGGCCGGCCCAUGUAUUUGCAGGUUGAGGAGGCCGCGCCCACAGCAACGGCAGUCGCGCCCACCAAAUCAAAGGGUGGUGCAGCACGCCGUGGACCACGUAAGGUGCAAUACACGGUCAAGGUGUAAUUGACAGCAUGGUGAUCAUCGUGUGGUGCUUCUUCGUUCCCCCGACCUUUUGAGUUCCCUCCCUCACCACGGGCUUUGUUUGAGUGGACCUGCCCCCUUGUCCCUCUUUUUGUCUCCCUGCCCAUGCCUCUUUUGCUCCUUCUCCUUGUGCCUUGCCAUCUCGUUUUGGAUUGCUGUAGAUGAUGAUGAUGAUGAUGAUGGUGGUGGUGGUGGUGGUGGUGGUGAUGUCGGUGGCGACAACGCCAAAGCCGUUUCGUUUGUGCCGGGUAUUUCAGUGCGUCGGCUUUGGAGUUUGCCUGUGAUAGCGACGGCCCGUGCGUGUGCGUGUGCGUGUGCGUGUGCGU